AUGAAACGUUUUGGAUUAAGAUGUUGCAUGAUCAUAUUCGGUUCACUAACAUUUAUUGGAAUGUGGAUUCGUUGUUUUGGCUAUAAGAAAGGAGACGAAACCUAUUUAUGGAUUGCAUUUUGUGGCCAAACUUUCAUUGCUUUUGCCCAACCAUUCCUUACGAGCAUUUCGGGUCUUUUGGGAGUAAAUUGGUUUGGAGAUAAGGAAAGAACACUGGUCCAAGUUGCAGCUCUACUUACGGCAGCUCUCGGAGGCGGAGUCGCAUUUGCUAUCGGACCUAGUUUAAUUACGAUGGGCAAGAGAGAAAUGCAUGGAUCAGAGAUUGGAAUGCUAGCUUAUUUAUCUUCCCAGGCCUUUAUUUCAACUGCUUGUUUAUUGUUGAUUGUUAUUUUCUUUAAGGAUCGACCACCAACUCCACCAGUACUAAUUAAGGAAAUUCAAACAAUGGAGAAAUUGGACGAAAACGAACAAAUGUUAACAGAGGAGAGCAGAUUGACAAUUAAUUUGACCACUGAUGACAUCAAUAUCGAAAAAGGCUUUGAAUCUUUCAAUUCGAAAGAUAUUUAUCCAGAACAAACUUUUUGGAUAGGUUUUAAAAAGUUAAUGACCUCUCCUCAUUUCAUAAUGUUAACAAUUUCAUCAUCCUGUCUGAUUUCUGUCUUUCAAACAAUGUCCAUUCUCGAUCAGAUCAUUAACCCAAAAGGUUACACCACCUUUGACACUGCAAAUCUUAACAUUGUCAAUUUGGUAUUUGUGGUAUUUGGAUGUUUUGGAUUGAGUAUUGUAUUUGACAAGACUAAACGUUUCAAAUUGAUUUCUUGCAUCAGUAGCUUUAUGGCAUGUUUAGGAUUUGCUUGUUUUGCCAUUAUCUUGCAAUGGAACAAGUCAGAUUUCACAAUAAUUUUGGUUUAUCUGUCAAUGGUCGUUAUCGGUUGUUCAGCCAUUCCCAGUUUACCUCUAAUUUCUCAAAUGAUAGUCUAUUCAACCUAUCCAAUCCAUCCAGCAACAAGUCUUGUGAUAUCAAGUGCCUUCAGUACAAUUUGGAAUGUAAUAAUGUGGGUCAUUGUAAAUGUGCUACUGAGCGAGAUGAGUAAUUCAUCCAGUGUCAUAUUGUGGUUGAGCUUUGCGCUAUUGAUUGUUUCCUUUAUAAUGACUGUAUUAUUUAGAGGUAAAUUCGAUAAUAUUCUGGUCAAUAAAUAG